GGCGUCGUAUCGGUUCCAAAUUGCAAUUUUUGUUCUGCGCUCUUUUCCUUUAUCGAUUUUCUUUCCGCGGAAAUUCCCACUCUCUGUGGGGCCCCUGGUCGGUGAAUUGCGUCACUUCCGUCAGUUGCUCCGCCGUUCUCCCCUUCCUUCUGCGUUGGGCGUCCUUAGCUUGCCACCGCAUCCAAAAUUUCCCCUAUUUUGGUUUUCCCCUUGUUUUUUUACCUUCAGCCUGUUCCGUUACCAAUUACAUGGCUGAUUCCCACAAAGAAAUUCUGCCUACUGCCAAGCGUCGCCGCCGCGUUACUCCGUCGGCUUCGGGGGUUGACACAGCUCUUUCAGGCAGCCCGAAGGUUCGCCGGCCCCGUGGUACAAACUUAGCUGACAGGGUGCGUCCGGUUGUUGCUGUUCAUGUUGUUGUUUCCUUAAGGGAUACAGGUAUUCAAGUUUUCUAUCUUUCUGAUGUCUUUCUAUUUUCUCAGUUUCGAUGGUAAUUUGUGGCCUCACCUUGUGUAGUGAAUUCUCCGUCCGACCGUGCCUACAGUUCUGAUCUUUUUGAUCGUGCUAAGGAAAACAGAUUAUUGGCUAAUGCAAAAAAGCGGCUCGCAUAUGCUUCAUUGGAUGCGGGAGCAAAGAGAAAUCUUUUAGUCAAGCAGAAAGCUCAACGAGCUUGCAAUAUGCGAUUACCGAUGGAAUUUAUUUUUUACACUUACGCAAUUAAUUUAUUUCGUUGUUCAGACUUCAGUACAUCGACUGUAUAUUCGUACCGAUCUUGAAGGAAUUAUUUAGUUUCGGCCCCUAUGUAAAUAGAUUCAGGUAUUGUACCAAUAUUUCACUUCACUGGUGAUAAAAAUAAGUUUCCUGACUUCUACCUUUGCCAACCAUCUUCUACUGAAUUAUUUCGUCAUUGCUACAGUCACUCUUCUAAACUUCUUUUACAUUUCGUGUACAACUUAAUUUCUUUUCUUCACCUGCAGGGUGUGCUUUACGUUCCGUUCCGCAGCUCACUGUAUUGGUUCCUAUUAUUGUUUCCUCUUCGAGUAGUGCAGGCAUUGGACUUUUCUAUUUUGCGUUCAUUUGUCUUCAUUGUUGAUACACAUUUUUCUUCUACCAAUGUUUUUCAUUUUGUUUAGUCGAACCGGUCCCACCAUGCAUAUUCGAUGCACCAUUGGUGGCUCCAGCAACCCAUACCAACACUUUUGGUGAUCUUCCAUCUGCACCAUGGUUUUUCCCUGCUGAGCGAGAGUGUGGUCACUGUGGCGCGUUUGGAUUUUAUCGUGAAUCACCUGGUUUUUGUUGUGCCUCGAGGCAGAUUUCCCUUGCGGCAUCGGUUGUCUGUCCGAUUCUUUGGUUUCUUUUCACCGAUAUUGCGUCGGAGAUGGCUCUUGAAUUUCGCCGAAGGGUGCGGUCGGACAAUGUUGCUUUUGCAUUUACUUCUAUUGGAAUGACUUUUGACCAAAAUUCUUGGUGGGCUAGGGAGGGUAUUUAUGCAUUGAAAGUAACGGGCCAGGUCACUCAUUUCUUUAAUGCUAUUACUGGGGCUGCUGAUGUUUCAAAGAUUCUUCAAUUUUUCUUCCUUGACACAUGUGAUGAUUUGGAUGGUAAUAUUUUGCAUUCAAAGGAUUUGCGGCUUGAUAUAAUCACCUUGUUUGUUCAGGCAUUGUCACAUAAUCCGUAUAGCAUUUUCUUUAAGCCUUUAGGUACUUGGGAUAAUAUGUCAGAAGCUCAUAUUAUUAUUAAAACAAGCCCUGCAUUAGAUCAGAGGAAUUACAAUCUUCCUCAAGUUGACCAGGUGGCUGCUGUUUGGAGAGAUGGUGAUGAUGGUGGUGCUGAAGCUCAACGCGAUAUACAUGUAUAUACAGGUGUUGGCCUUCGUCGCAAUAUCAACUACUACUCUGGGUUCUACGAUCCAUUGCAGUAUCCAUUACUCUUUCCAUAUGGAGAACCAGCGUGGCAUGCCGGAAUAGAGAGGCUCCCACCUAUCGGCCCGGGUCAACUUGCAAAUCCUAUGCAUCAUUGUGCCGGUGAAAAUAUUAUCGCUCCAACGGUUGCUGGGUCAGCCACAUAAUUGCU